AUUUAUACUCAAUUUCACAAUCGAGUUUCCACUUCUAGCUCAUUUCAUUUCCUCACGCUCCACCCUCCCAUGGCGGACCGCGACCGCCCACUCCCGCACCACAUCCAAGUCCACCACCCUCAACAGCAACACCGCUAUGAAGACAGCGUCAAAUCUCUCCUCCCUCAAAACGGGCCCUCCACCACCCAAGUCCUUGCUGUAAUCACCCUCCUCCCCAUAGGCGGCUCGCUCCUCGGCCUCGCUGGGAUCAUACUCGUCGGAACACUAAUCGGCCUCGCACUUGCCACCCCAGUUUUUGUGAUCUUCAGCCCGAUAUUGGUGCCGGCGGUGAUUCUAUUCGCCGCCGCAGUCACCGGAUUCUUGACUUCAGGUGCUUUUGGUCUCACCGGCCUUUCGUCGAUAUCAUGGCUUUUGAAUUCAUUCCGGCAGGCGACAGGACCUUUGGACUACACAAAGCGGCGGUUGCAGGAGGCGGCGGUUGCAGUGGGGGAUACGACGAAGCAAGCGGGUGAAACGAUUAAGGCAAAAGCUCAGGACGAAGGAAGAGAAGGUGGUGGUGGAAAGACUUGAAGAAGAAGCUCCAAGAUUCUGUUAACUAAAAAUACUAAUAAUAAUGCGGAUUUUUGUUUACUAUGAUCUACUUAUGUUAGUGUUUGGUUGUCUGUGUAUCUGUUGUGUGGUGCAGAAUUGAUGUGGAGGAAUAUUGUGUAAAAAUUGUAGAAUCAAUAAUUGUUGGUGUU